CAGUCUGCUAGUACGUACGGCAGCCAGUUAUUGCUCACCACUGGGUACUGUCUACUGACGCAGUUUGCCGAGAGCAGAGAGUGAGGCUGCAUCCCUUAUACAAACACUAGACGGGUGAGACCUGAAACAAAGGCUUGAUUGAGCGUGUGUGUGGGAGGGUGUACAUGUGGUGACAAAUACUGAUUUAUGGGUUGAUUUUUCAAACCAUUUAUCUGACUGUAUGUCUGUUGAUUUUGCCAUUUGUCUGCCCACGCUGGCUAACUAUCAGCUUAACUGUGAGGAAUAUUUGCUCAGUGAAAACGAGAGCACAGAAGUACACAGAAGGAUAGAUCUGACUGGUGAUGUGAUCAUUAUUGAAAGGUGACGAGUGGCGGAGAGAGACAGUGGGAGGGCGGAGACAGAGGGAGUCACACAGAGAGAGAGGAUGGGAUUAGAGUGAGAACUACUCCCUCUCUACUCUUUCCUCUUCACCACUUCGAGUAUAAAGAAAAACCUCAGUAUCAUUCAUUAGUUACAGCCUCUCACUUACAGGCCCUCUGUGUGUGUGUGUGUGUGUGCGCAUGUUCCCUUUUGAAUGCGAGCCCAUUCAUAGAGAGAGGGUCCACGUCUGAUAUUGUCUACUCCAGCUGUAGUGCCUGUGUUGUGUGUCUGAGAGUGCGUGUGCGUGAGUGAGUGGGUCACACUGAAAGACAGAAGGGGAGAGAGAAAGAGAGGGAUAGAGAGAGCGGACAGGCUGCAAGAGAAGAUCUCAGGGGCAACAGAUCUGGUUUGCCUCAGCUGAAAGACCAAACACAACGGGAUGGAUUUCUGCACGACGUGAGCACCAGCGAGGGACAGCUCCCUCACACAUAAAAAAGCUGGCAGAAACUUUACUGAACGAUUUAUCAGCAUCUGCAGAGCAGAAGUGAGAAAACAAAAGGAGGGAGAGCGAUGUGGAAAGGAAGCCAGAAUGUCUGGGAUGGACGUCCCACUGGUGGACCACAAUGAGACUGGAAUCUCUCCAAUAGACAAUGGCACCUUCCUGCGUUUCUCCCCGACCUCUGCCUCCACGUCAGCGGCCGCCUCGUCGCCGGGACGUCCGGGCAACGUCUACGUCUACGUGUGGCUCUUCCUCGGCCUGCUGGUGUUCCUGCUGACGCUGCUCAUCAUCUCCCUCCACAGGCUGAAGAACAUCAUCUCCUCCUCCUCCUCCAUCCCCGACUGCAGCAGCGAGGGGGGGAGCUCCUUCACCAACAUGGAGAUCUGUAGCAUCUCGUCCCAGAGGUCCACCAUCUCCUCGCUGUCCACCUGAGGGAGGGAGAUGGGAGAGGAGAGGAGAGCGCAUGCAGACAUGUGUACGUCCAUGUGCUUUUGCUCCAGCAUGCGUGCUUACAUGCAAACAACAGGCAAGCGCAUGCACACACACAAAGACAUAGAGGUCUGUAGCUCCUCCCCACUGUGACGUGCAAACACAAAAACAAACCACCAGCUACAAAAGAGCUGACAAUGUGGCUUCACUCUCCGUGCAUGCAUAUUCUAUUCCCGAUGGUCCAGUGAGUCAGGUGUGUCUGUGCAAUUUGCUAAGGCACAGGGGAAAUAUAGCGCACAAUGUGAUGAAGAGGUCUUGAGGACAAAUGAACCUGAAAAAUUCCCUCUGCAGGAAAAGAAAAGCAUAAAGAGGACCUAUUAUCUUUCCUCCUCCUUUUUGCAAAAGUCAUUUCUUGUACUGUACCUGUCAUAUUUACUGUAGAACAAACAGCAUUGUUUUGAAGUGACGCUUUGUACAGCAUGUCUCAUAUUGUCUGUAGACUAUUAGCAUUAAAAUAUUAAAGAUUGCUUUGUACAGAA